CCAGCGGUUUCCCUCCCACAGUUCAUCCGGAAAACCCUAGCCUUUUAUAAAUCCCUAUUUCCAGCGUUGGUGUUCGGAACUCAUCCAUCGCCGAAGAUUUCUCGAUUUAGUUUUCCCGCAUCCGUGGUGUUCUUUACUCCGACGUAUAGUAAGGAGGUUCUUGGUGGAUGGCCACGGCGGAGAAGGCUCCGCUGUACGUAAGUUGGAAUGAGGUGUCCUCUUCUGCCGAUAAGGGCCGGAAGGAAGUUUGCUACUAUCUGAAUCGCAGAGAUGGAGUCUCAGAUCUGGCGGUUGUCGGGACAGAAAAGGGUAUAAAGCAUUUUUCGUAUCACUACGCCUUAAAGGAUCCGUCUUUGUUAUCGGCAUCGUAUCCUGUGUCUCUUCCUAAGCUCCGGAAACGAAGAGAGGUCAUCGAUUGGUUAAACUCCAUUGUUUCAGGUGCAUUUUCUUAGGCAAAUACAUGGUACUUUUAAUCAGCACAUCUCUGCGGUUUCUUUUUUAGUUCUAUUUGUUUGUUCUAAUCAAUUUGGUGCAAGCUUGUCCGUCUAUUCUUGCGGUGACGGUACAUCUUUUGUGAAACGCAGUUCAUUCAUUGUUAAUUCCUGCUCUAUUUGGAGAACAUCUUCCAGCUCCAGUCAGCGCUUUGGGGUUAGGGUUCUCUUGGAUCCAUUUCUCUCUGUAGUUGUUUUCAAUGUCUGAGAAUUCUUCAAUUGAUACACAAAGCAUCAUAGAAGAACCUUUCUAAUUUCCCAUCCAGGAUAGAUUUAGGUAGUAGAUGCAGGCACUUCAUAUAGAUUCUGGAUUAUGCUAUCUGAAAGUAAUACUGAAUGUGUGUUAGAACUGUUUUACUUUCUUGUUAAUAUUUUUCACAGCCCAUAUUUUCUAUAAGUUAAAACAACAAUUUAUAGAUAACAAAACAGUUUUAAUCUAUAUAUUUUGUUCGCUCUCAUAUUUGGUAAAUGCAACUUGGAAUUCAGGAACUUGCUUGCCAUGCGUAUUCCAUCACAUUCCUUCAAAAGUUCCAUAUUUCUCUUUGAAAAUACAAUUUUUAUGUGAAGUGGGAUGUUUUAUAUUUUAAGAAAUUCUGCAAGCUUAUAUUGUUUGGUUUUCCAAAUUAGAGCAUAUUGUUUGUGUCCUAACGGUUUUCCAAGUUAGAGCAUUUUUUGUUGAUGUGGUCAUCUCCAUUUAGCAGUGUCAUGUCUAAUCCUGAUUUCAUGAUAUUAAAACGUGCAUCUUGUGUCUAAGCAUGCCUGCUAUCCCUGGAUGAUAAUCUCACCAAUUGCCCGAGCUGCUGGAAUUCCAAAUUAUUGGUUGAGAGCUUCAGGAUUAUAUGCCCUCACUAUAGGUCUUAAUUAUCAACAGAACAUUAAAGAAUUAUCUGGAUUCAGAAAAAAUGGAGAUGCUUGUCCGAAUGCACUUAACACACUGGAGGAUGGUCAUUUGCAGACAUUGGGUCAGCAUGCCACAGACUUCACUUGGAUAGGAUCUCCAUGGACAUGUAGAAAGAAACGUUGUCAUUAUACAUCAUUUUGUAGGAAUGGUGUGAGAAUUUCUGUUUAUGACUUUGUUUUCAUAUUAGCUGAAGAAGGUAAGCGGCUUGUUGCUUACCUGGAUGAUAUGUUUGAAGACAUCAGAGGAAACAGGAAGGUUGUAGUACGCUGGUUUCACAAAAUUGAUGAAGUUGGUAUUCUUUUGCAUAGUAACUAUAAUGACAGAGAGAUUUUGUUUUCUCUUUGUCAUCAAAGCCUCGGUAUUGAGUGUGUCGAUGGACUGGCAACUGUCCUCAGUCCUCAGCAUUAUCAGAGCUUCAUUAAUUUACCAAGUCGCACACAUCCAGAACCAUUUGUUUGCCAUAGACUGUUUGAUAACAAUGAGCUCAAGCCCUUUGUCAUAUCCAAUGUUAAUGGCUACUGGAACCAGGAGUUAUUGAAACAAAUGCGUUUUUCACUACCCCACAAGACAAAGCCAGAGGAAUCUCCAAUAGGUUUUUCUGGAAACAGGCCUAACCAAAGGUUAUGCCUUUCGAAGUAUUCUGAGCCAAGGAAAGAGCUGGUUAAUUCUUUCCAGGAGCAAUGCAACACUAGUUCCCUCAGAGCUGCAGUAACAUGCACUUUCCAAGAAGCUUGUUUUGAGGGUUCAUCUCUCAGAGAUGUAGUGAGAGAGAAUCAUCUCCAGUUUUUUGACAUUGGUUCCCAAGUUGAAAUAAUAUCCCAAGAUAGUGGCAUUAGAGGAUGUUGGUUUAGAGCUUUGGUGAUCAAGAAGCACAAGAAUAAGGUGAAAGUGCAGUAUAAAGAUGUAAAAGAUGCUGAUGAUGAAGCUAAGAAUCUUGAGGAGUGGGUUUUGGCAACUAAGCUCGCUGCCCCAGACAAAUUGGGUCUCCGAAUGCAUGGGCGAACUAUACUUCGACCUUCUCCAUCAUCCCAUAAGGGCAGAGUUUCAUGGGUAUUUAAUGUUGGAGAAUCAGUGGACGCAUGGUGGAAUGAAGGGUGGUGGGAGGGCAUUGUUGUCCAUAAGGAAUCUGAAAACAGGCUACUGGUCAAUUUUCCAGGAGAGAAACGAACAGAAAUCUUUAGCCACACUGACUUGAGGCAUUCACAAGAAUGGUUGAUGGAUGGCUGGAAACAUCUCAAGGACAGACCGGACCUUGUCCCUUUGCUGUUGGGUGGCGAGCCCGCGGUGAAGGAAACCAUGAAAGCGUCACAUGAUGGUACGCUUGCUAAUGGGAAUAUCUCCAAUUCCGUGUGCACGAGAUCUGAAAAACCUAAAGAACUUAGAGUCAAAGUCGUGUUUAGCAAAAACACAAAUUUGGACGCGAUGAUGGAAAGGGCAUGUGAUGAUCUGUCCAAGGAUGACCGACUUGGUCAGUUGAAGUGGAAGUCUAAUAAGAAGAGAAGACUAUGUAGAAGCCCUCCUGCCGCUAACAAGGCACAUUUUUGCUCUGUGAACCUUCCCUCAUCCAUUAAAGUGGAACCCGAAAAGUGUAAAUACAUCACUGACUCCCUCUUCAAGUCCUCAGCCGUCUCUCCCCUGAACAACCUAGUCAUGUCUCAGUGAUGACGACUGACUUCCAAUUUUCUCAGUUUCUCCGUAUUUGUAUGCGUUUCGGCUUCACAAGGCUUUGAAGCAGUGUUCCCUGGCCUUCUGUAUAGCUUCUUCUCUGGUGAGAUGUCUUUUUUUUCUUUGGUCGUUGCUGGAAAUGUAAUUAGUGAAGAAGCUUGUAUUGUAUCACAUGAAUUUGCUUAGAUGGGUAGAGCCUGGUGUGUAUGCAAUCAUCAUGGCAGUUUUGAUGUUCCUGCUCGGGCUCACAGCAGGAAAAAAAUCCUUAAUCUUAUGACGUGUUUGGUUGGUGGGCUGGGAUAAAAUGGUCAUUUCAUUAUUGGCAUGGAUGUGGUAAUUAAUCUAUUGAUUAUGA